AUGAGGGCACACGGCCAGAGUCUCACUUCUUCGCCUACAGACCGCGUCUUUGUCCAUGCUCUCGCCACAGUCCGUCGUCUUCCUCGAACGGGCUCCUCCCGACCACCUCCUUCUGCCCGCCUACGUCUCUAUGGCCUCUAUAAACAGUCGAUGGAGGGCGAUGUCGAAUCCAUCCUUCCCCGUCCUACCUUGCCCUCUGUUUCGCCGGAUCCAAAUAACUCCAAGUCAAAUAACGUUCACCGCUACGCAUCUCGAGACCUACGUGUGCGAGAGGCCGAGGCCGAAAUUGAGAAAUGGGACGCAUGGCAUGCUUGUGCCGGCAUGUCCCGCACCGAAGCGAAACGACGCUACAUCAGUACACUAAUAGAGACCAUGAAGGAAUAUGCCUCGGGCACGCAGGAGUCCCGUGAGCUGGUGGCGGAACUGGAAUUUGUGUGGAACCAGAUCAAAAGCCAAAGCGGGAGCUCAGAGGAUGAAGACGCAGAGUCGCCCACAAGACGACUGGAGCGGGCUGGGCUGGGGCAAACAACGAGCUUUGGAAGCCUACCUCCCGGUCAAAGUACGCGAAGAGAAGGCGAAAGCUUGAGCAGGUUAAAUUCCGACCCCAGUCGACUACGAGUCCUAUCACCGGUGUCACAAGGAGGGAGCGAUGAUAUUGUGGAGAGCGAAGAGGUGGAUCCCGUAACCCAUGCAGUGAUCGGCCCUUUACCCGCCUCACGGCAAGCGACUUCUGAUCCUGACUGGCGAGGUCGCAUUGAAUCUCACCUAAAACACCUCUCGACCGAGGUGGCUGCAUUACGAGAACAACUGUCCGCAAACCACUUACUGUCCUCUUCCUCUUUCUCCCCCGAGGAGACCUCUAGGCGGAGGAGAAUAUUCUAUCGAAUAUCAACGUGGGUCAAAUGGCUGGCCUGGGCGCUCGUGCGGCAAAUCAUGAUCGAUGCAAGUCUGGUAUUCCUCUUCGUCAUAUGGGCGAGGUGGAAGGGAUACAAAGAUCGGCGGGUGGAAGACUGGGUCAGGCGGCGCUGGAAGGAUGUUACAACAGUGCUUGCCGAUAUGAAUCGGUGGUUGAAAGGUUUCGUUUCGUCGGUACGGAUCCCCGGGGUGCGGAACCUCUCCUGA